AUGGCCACCGGAGGCGCCCCAAAGCCGGAGGAGGAGACCGUCGUCUUCCCCGAUUGGGUGAUGCUGGAACGCAUCUUCCGCAAACGGUGCCACGACGACCUAGACGCUGCUGGUGAGGCCGUCAACAAGAACAAGACCGCCGCUCCAGUCAAGAUUGACAGCGUCCACUCCUGCUUCGUCUCCUUCACCCUCGCAGCUCCUCCAGGUUCCUCCUACUUCAACCUCCAUUGGCCGGAGAGACAAGGCUCAGAAGAACUCGUUGCCUUCGUCCGGGCAGUCGACAAGAACCUUGUCCUCUUCGACAUCGCGAUCCCCGACCCGAUUCGCUACGAGGACGCUCCGCCAGAUCUGUUCGUCUACACGGCCUCUGCUCCUCCCCUCUCGGUGCAGCAGCUUCCUCGGCGCAGCACAAAGCAGUUCCUGGCUCAUAAGUUCACCACCGGCAUUCUGCAGCUCGAAGCGGAGCACUGCUACAUCGUUGCCGACCUCAAUGUCCGCCCCAAGAAAAAGGGCGCUAGUGCUGAACUCUGUGUCUUCAACUCCGGCGCCAACGAGUGGAGAAUCAUCCCCGAGGUGCUUGCUGAUAAGCUCCCUGACCUCUGGUGGACCGAUGAUGUGCUUGCUGAUAAGCUCCCUGACCUCUGGUUUACCGAUGAUGUGUUUGCUUUCGAUGGCCGUUUCCUUUGCUGGGUGGACUACUUCAGCGGCGUUGUGCUAUGCGACUUCUCCAAAAAUGUGGACUCCCAGGUGCUCCACUUCGUGCCUUUUCCUGGAGGAAUCAAAUACCCUGAUGACGCACGGUUCCCGAGGUACUUCCCAGGGAGGUUCCGAAGUGUGUCCAUCAGCCAAGGCAUGAUGCGCUAUGUCCAUAUUGACAAUGACUUUCAUCAGACAGUCCACAGUGGCUGGCGAGGGAUUGCUCCUAAGAGAAGCAAACGGCGGCAGAAGCAGCUAACCCACAAAAUCACCAUUUGGACGUUGAACUCCAAUUUCGAGUGGGAGGUGCAUUGUGAGAUCAACCUGGAUUGUCUCUGGGCACAACCUCGUUACCAAGGUCUGGGCUUACCUCGGCGUCUUCCUGAGUUCCCAGUCAUCAGCAUGGAUGACCCGGGUGUUCUGUGCUGCCUGCUGAGGGCAAAGGAAUUUGCUGGCAAGGAGUGGAUGAUCAUGGUUGACAUGAACCAUGCGGAUCUGCAGUCAUGUACUGAUGUGAAUGUAGAAGACAAGUUCUCUAAUACCACCCAACUUUCAACUGUCUUCUCCAAAUACCUUCAAAAGGCGAACAGGGAUGGCAUGGGACAACAUUGA